AUUGGUGGAAUUAUCAAGAAGAACAAAAACAGCAGAUAUCAAUGUUGAAUUCAAAUGUUUCAGUGUUUGUGAACAAGAUGAUUGGAGAUGGUUGUGGUGUUAGUGAUAAUCAUCAAAUGGGAAUGCAAGGAAUGGUGGCAUUGCCAAGGCUCAAACAUACAAUGUCUGAUCCUCAAUUUCCUGAGGCAAUGAAACAGUGUGAUGAGAGCUUUGAUAAGAGCUUUCAAAGGAAGCAGAAAAGGAUGAUAAAAAAUCGAGAAUCUGCUGCCAGGUCUAGAGCUAGGAAGCAAGCAUAUAUAUCUCAAUUGGAAGAAGAGGUUACCAAGUUGACAGAUGAGAACAAGAGGCUCAAGAAGCAAAAGGAGGAUGAUAUGAGAAUGAGAUUAUAUGAACUUGAAGAGCCCAAGUACCAACUCAGGCGCACAAGCUCCGGUCACUUUUAAGGCAUGACACUCCUUUCUAAUUUAGAGAAGGGCAUGAGCCGAUUAAGAGGAGGGCCUGAUCUAUCAGUUUUGGGUCACCAAAAGCUGAACCAGAACUGGCCUUUGCUACAAGAAUGAUUGGCCGGGCUGAUUCAACUCACAGACCCGCAAGGUCUUUGAGUGAACCGGGGCCCGACCCGCUCAUUCCCUGACCUGAACACACUGUGUUAGCAGGUAGGCCAUCAAGACCGUUGGAUUGGAAUUUAUAUUUUUUUAUUAUU